UUCCCUGCGCCAUAUUGCACGGGUUCCUUUGUCUUGUAUGUUUGCGUGAGCUUUCAGUUCCAAAGAGUUGCAAAUUUGUCGGCCACAAGCAUGGAAAGCAGCAGUGUCGUACCACCGAAGAGGCGAGAGAAGUCUGGCGGGGAUUAUGUGAAGCGGCCGCUGAACGCCUUCAUGGUGUGGUCCCGUGUGCGGAGAGCCAAGCUACGGGAAGAAAUGCCGGACUUACGGAACACAGAGAUCAGUCGGCGACUGGGUGCGGAAUGGCGGGAAAUGUCCGCGGAGCAGAAACUGCCCCACAUCCAGCGGUCCCGCCAGCUGCGGAUAGAACACUUCGACAUGUACCCCAACUACAGGUAUCGACCGAAGCGUAAGCUGAAGCCUGGACCAGUCACAGGUCCCCGGCCCGUGGCAGAUAUCCUGCAGGCGUCCAGGUCUCAGGCCCCGCCGCCACCGCCACCGCCUAGCUCCCUGGGGCUGGGGUACAGGCCCGUCACGCCCGUCCAUACUCCCCCACCGGGGCCGCCGAACGCCUGCGUAUCCAGGGUCUCCGGUGUCCCCAUCCCGUCUGCCCUGUUCUGUAACUUUCCCUACGGUUACACCCGCCCCAGCCAACAGGUCUUCACCUCUACCGCCUGCUCCUCUACCCGUGUGUGCCCUACCCACAACAAACCUACCAUGUACCCCUAUUCCUACUCCCUCCAUCCCCGCCCCUACCCCCACCCAUACCACCGACCCCUCACCCUCACCCUACCCUCUGGCUCGGGAACGCUACACUACAUCCCGACGUCACUUCCGGAAGUGGAUCAGGACACCGUGACGUCACUUCCUGGAUCUACACGAGGACGCUCGACGUCACUUCCUGUGACAACGCCGACCCCGCAGUUCUUGACGUCGGCGUCGUAUUUUGCGACAGAACGGCCGAUCAUCACAGUCCCACACUACAGCCUGCCUCCGAUGACGUCACUGAUGCACCGUUCGACCAACGAGGCGUCUGGCAGUAGCCCGUGCGUCAGCGCCCCUAGCGAUCCGGUGCUGAAGUGCCGCCCACUGCAGUCACUCGUUUCUCCCGACCACAGCCCCUCAGUGCAGCUCCUCUGUACAGAAACUGAUGACGACAGCGACACAGAAACCUGUUCCUCACCGGAGGAGCAAGGCGGGAGUUGCCAUGACAACCGCCGUCUGCAGAACCUGCGGAGCUGCACCGGGCUGUUCUGGGCGACGCCAUUGGCUCCCGGGGGAGGCCGGGCCAAGGAGAAAGUCAUCGUGGAGACGGUACCUGCUAUAGAGCCCGUGUCUAUCGCGGGGAUAGAGGAACCGCGUGGGAGUCAGUUCAGAUUUGAGUGGAACUGAUGUUUGAGAGAAUUUAGAUUACCUGAAACGGUACAUGAUGAUAUUCAGAGGUUAUCAUAAUUUGAUUGAUUCGGUUUGUUAUGUUUUCGUGUUGAAGAAGAAAUAAAAACACGUAUGAAAAAGUAGUGGCAACAUAUUGUUUCAAAAUGAGUGCCUAAAAACACACACAGAGAAAACGUUUAAGAGAAUAUUUUCUAUAGAACAAUAUUGUUUGUUAUAGAAAAACGUAUCUUAGGCUACUCAGAAAAACUAGUCAGAAGAUAGCGUGUAUGCUGAGCAUCUACAGAAUGGUCACGUAUAUUAUUAGAAUGUAUCACAAUUAGAGAGAUACAAUAAAGGUACAUAUGGAAUUGAAUUCUAU